GGGUGCAAAAUGGAGACUUUAUCUGUUCGGUGCUUCUUACGUCCCUCCGAAGAGUCCGGGAGUGAGGGUCAAAGGCGUCAGGAAGGAGCUGCUGGAGAAUCAUUUAUCCCAGAUGAUGCGACAGAAGAUUCUGGCCGAGCUGAAGCCAGUAGGAGAGUAUCUACCGGAGUACGGGACCACACAUCAGAGGCAUUUCUGCGCUCCAGGAUUCGUCCCCAGCAAAGCGAAACCGUCGACGGAUCACGACUACAGAAACGAGGAGGCCAUCACGUUCUGGAGCGACAACUACCAGCAGAUCCAGCGCGUGUCGGCCAUCAAGAACCCCAACGAUCCUUUCAAGAAGUCGUCUCUGUUCAGCACCAGGAUCCAGGACCGGCUGGAUGACGAGGAGCCGUGACGCCUGAGCUCCUCCUGCAGUUCCUCACCUGUCCACCAGGUGCGCCGAUAGCUAAUAAAACCCGUCUGGUUUGGGUUUAUUUU